AUGGAUAUGACGUCGAAUUUCUUAAAUUGUGGAGUCGGUGUAUUGCCUUUUAAGUUCCUGGGAAUCAAGGUGGGAGGGAAUCCUAGAAAGGUUAGCAUGUGGAAUGAGGUGAUUGAAUAUGUCCGUAAAAGACUUAAAAAAUGGCGUGGGAGGUUUUUGUCAAUGGGAGGAAGGGUGACGUUACUAAAUUCUAUUUUGAACGCGGUUCCAAUUUACUCUUUAUCGUUCUACCGUGCUCCUAAAAUAGUCCUAAACGAGAUAAGGCGUAUUCAAAGGAAAUUUCUUUGGGGGGGAGUGGAAGGAGGAAGAUGCAUAAACUGGGUCAGCUGGAGUAAAGCUUGCAAGUCUAAAGUAGAUGGUGGGCUGGGCAUUCGCGACGUUGGUUGUAUGAACAUUUCGCUACUCAUGAAGUGGAAGUGGAGAAUUCUCACUAAGGAUUCAGCUACUUGGAAGGAAUUAUUAAAGCAUAGAUACAACAAAAUGAAAGUAAAGAUGUUCGCAAACGACAAAAAAAUAAUCAACAAGGGUGACUCUAUUUGGUGGCGCGACCUUAUACUCAUUAACGAUUGCGACGAGUCUAACGAUUGUUUUGUUUCCGACUUGAUUCAUAGCAGGUUGUGCAAUGAUGUAGACGCAUCUUUCUGGUUCACCAGGUGGGCGGUUUUACAAGCAUUAUCGGAGGCCUAUUCGAAGCUUUACGAAAAUGCUAAGAACCUGUUAAUGACCGUGGCGGAUGUAGACCGGUGGGAGGCUGAUAAGUGA